AAGGGUUUCUUUAAUGUUUUUUAUGCAUAGAAAUGUACACUAUAUAAUAUAUACUAAGACAAACAUUUGACUAACUGAUAUUAGAUACGGGCUGUACCUAACUGUUCCUACUUACCUACAGAUUUGACUUGAAGACAGACUUAGGAAUGGAACUCGUUCGUAAUCCAGAGACUGGCUGUAUAUGUGUGGGUCAUAUGGCUGAAGUCAAAGUUAAAAGAUCCCUGAAGAGGAAAUCAGCAGACCUUGAUUCAAACCUAGAUUCCAGCACUUACUGACCACUCUGACUCUGGGCAACUCGUGAGACCUGGUGGACAAAUCUCCUCUAGUAUAAAAUAGCAUUAAAAGCAUCUCACAAUAACGCUGGGGACAGGGAAGAAGGGGGGGUGGAGGGCUGGGGAGCAAAUGAAAUCACUGCUGUCAACUAGAAAGCAUCGUGCAAAUGUAGGGUGUUUUUUAAUCUACAAGGCCAGAGGUAGGUGUACCAAAUGCCCCAGUCCCUGUGCCCCGCAUUCUCCACACAGCAGCCAGCACACUCGUUCCUUCAACUUGUCGUCUGUCGGUGGCACCCCAGUACACACAGAAUACAAUCUGAACGUUUUACAAUGGCCCUCAGGACCUUGUUACCCCAGCAACCUCAACUCCAGACAACCCCCCUCCCCCCAUGUUCAUGCCUCAAGGCCUCUUUCCUGUUUCUGGAACAACCCAAAUUCUUUCCUGCCUCUGGGUUUCUAGACUUAUGGCUCCCCUCUUCCUGAAUCCACACCUCCCACUGCUGACAUCUCCUUCCGACGGCUCCCUCCAUCUCACUGGGAACUGAACUGUUAGCCCAAUGUCCUCUGUCAGAGAGGUCUUCCCAAGGCCUACAGUCCAAACAGGCUGUUGGUGUUAAUUGCUGUCAAGUUGUCUCUGACUCACAGGCGACCCCAUGUGCAGCAGAAGGAAACACUGCCCAGCCCUGCACCAUCUUCACAGAAGUGGCAGCGUCAUCACGUUACGGGACUGAAGCGGCAGCCCGCGGAAAUUUGAAAUGGCGAACGGCUUGGUGACUGGUGGUGGUCUGGAGCCGGAGGCGAUGGCGCCAGCGCCGGAGCGCACGGGCUGGACGGCCGAGGAGGAGACGGCCAGCCUGGAAAAAGGUUUGUUCCAAGAUGAAGACUCCUGCAGUGAUUGUAGCGAUCAUGAGAAGGCAGGUACUAGUUUACGGAGUUUUGUGCUAGAAGGUAAAACACUUUUCCCAGAAAUUUUCCAAACAAGUCAACUUUUGUUCUAUGAGCGAUUCAGAGCCUAUCAAGAUUACAUUUUAGCUGACUGCAAGGCUUCUGAGGUAAGAGAAUUCACAGCUGAGUUCUUGGAGAAGGUUCUGGAACCAUCUGGAUGGCGGGCAGUCUGGCACACCAACGUGUUCGAGGUGCUGGUAGAGGUCACGGACGUGGACUUCUCAGGGUUGAAGGCUGUGGUGAGGCUUACCAAGCCGUACCUCUGUGAGUCUCGCGUGAGCUCUUUCACCUGGGAGUGCAUGAGUGAGCUCCUGGAGCUGAAGGAGCACCGGCUGCCCCUGCAGGAGCUCUGGGUGGUGUUUGAUGACUCUGGAGCGUUUGACCAGACGGCCCUCGCCAUGGAGCAUGUCAGGUUUUUCUACCAAAACAUUUGGAGGAGUUGGGAUGAAGAAGAGGAGGAUGAGUAUGAUUAUUUUGUCAGGUGUGUUGAGCCUCGACUGAGAUUGCAUUAUGAUAUUCUUGAAGACCGAGUUCCAUCAGGACUGAUUGUUGACUACCGCAAUCUGCUGUCUCAGUGUGAGGAGAGUUACAGGAGGUUUUUAAACCUGAGAAGCAGUUUGUCAAAUUGUAGCUCUGAUUCUGAGCAGGAAAACAUCUCCAUGGUGGAAGGGUUAAAAUUGUACUCGGAGAUGGAACAGUUGAAACAAAAGCUAAAGCUCAUUGAGAAUCCUUUGUUGAGAUAUGUGUUUGGCUACCAAAAGAAUUCUAAUAUCCAAGCAAAGGGCAUCCGUGUGAGUGGUCAGAAGGUCACCCAUGUGGUCUCCUCCACCAUGAUGUCUGGUCUACUGCAGGCCCUGCUGAAGGACAAGCUUUGUCAGGAGCCUUGUAAGGAAGAAAUAGAAAUCCAGUUCCAUAAUGAUCCGUUGUCUGCUAUAAAUGCCUGCUAUGAAGGUGACAGUGUAAUUGUUUGUCCUGGCCAUUACGUGGUACACGGCACAUUCUCCAUUGCUGACUCCAUCGAGUUGGAAGGAUAUGGUCUACCAGAUGAUAUUGUGAUAGAAAAGAGGGGCAAAGGAGACACUUUUGUGGAUUGUACAGGUGCGGAUAUCAAAAUCUCAAGCAUAAAGUUUGUUCAGCAUGGUGCUGUAGAAGGAAUCUUAAGCAUUCACAGUGGCAAGACUACGUUGGAAAACUGUGUGCUGCAGUGUGAGACUACGGGGGUCACAGUACGGACGUCUGCAGAGCUCUUAAUGAAGAACUCCGAUUUAUAUGGUGCCAAGGGAGCUGGUAUAGAGAUAUACCCCGGGAGUAAAUGCACCCUGAGUGACAAUGGGAUCCAUCACUGCAAAGAAGGGAUACUCAUUAAGGACUUCUUGGAUGAGCACUAUGACAUUCCCAGAAUAGCCAUGAUGAACAACGUCAUCCAUAAUAACGACGGUUACGGCGUCGUCUUGGUGAAACCUACAAUUUUCUCUGAUCUGCAAGAAAAUGCCCAAGAUGAAAGUGAAGAAAAUAAAGCGCUUAAAAUUCAGACCAGCGGAGAGGUAGGUGCAGCUGAGAAGGUGGACUUGGAAGAGCUGAUUCAGUGUGCAGCUGGUCAAAUGGAGCUGUAUGCAGGCCCUGACCUUUCUGAGCAAGUCGAAGGCAAUUGUGAAAUCAUAAAUGAACUAGUUGCUGCCUCCACAAAGAAAGGCCAGAUGAAGAAGAAAAGGCUGAGUGAACUGGGGAUCACGCAAGCCGAUGACAACUUGAUGUCCCAGGAGAUGUUUGUUUCUAUCGUCGGGAACCAGUUCAGGUGGAACGGGAAGGGGAGCUUCGGCACCUUUCUUUUCUGAGCGCCAUGAUGUGAACAGACACCAAGUGCUGGAUUUGCACGUGCUGCCUGAGGGCCACUGCUGCUGUUUGCUUCAUGCCUGCGUUUUAUAUUCAGUAUACUCCGUUGUGUUUGAGUGUGAUGUAGAUUUAUUUCUAUCUGCAGGUAUUGCACAGAAAACACUCCGCCUUUACAAAGGUCAUAGAAACAUAAAAUAGAAAAUAUUUGGAGAUUUUUUUUUUUUUAUGCAGAAAGCCUUGCUUUUCUUGACAGAGUUCUCCCAGUUGAAGCCUGCUUGUAACUUUCUACUGUAGAUACACUUUCAUCUAGCACUUCCAAGACAAUGAGUGCUCAAAACUGAGCAGUGUCAAAGGUGUGCUGUUCUCCUCAGCCUUGUCUUUUUAUCUCAAUUACAGCGAGUCUGAUUUCCACCAGUAUUUGCAUAGUACCUGUCUUAAAAUAAAAGCCUUUAUGAUUGGGAAGUUAUCUGCCUAAUCAGACUUAUUAUUGAGAAUCCGAGUGGGUUGCAUUUUUAUGUUAAACUGUACAAUCGUUAAAACGGUAAGAGAGAACACAGAAGGUUUGAAACAGAAAUGGAAUGUUGUUCAGAGCUAGCAUUUCCAUUAUUGCCAAACAUGAAUGAUUGAGAAGGUGCUUUUCUUUCACCCUAGCAGUAUUCUGAUCAAAUCUCUUUUCCAGAGUCUGUGUUAGCUACAUAGUCUUGGUAUCAUAUUGUAAAACACAGCUUCUAAAAGUAUUUAUAUUUAAAAAAGUAUAUGUGACAUUAAUAUGCCUACUGAUUAAAAUUAUA